AUGGAUGUGAAAAUGAGAUGUAGCGAAGCAGCAUCAUCUGCAACGUCGACAUGUUCCCGCGAUGGUUUUCGCAUCACGACCCGAAAGCUGCCCAUUCUCAAAUCAGGGCCGAUCGAGGACAUGACCAAUAAGCUUGGCAUUGCCCCCCCCGAGAUGAUCUUUGGAGACAACCACGUCACCAUCGCUCAUCUCAAGUCGGGGUGGCAGAUAAGCUUCAACGCGUUCGAUGCCUUGGAUCGCGUAGACAAGACCGGAGGCUCCAUGCUUCAGGUUGCCUACUCCAAAGAAUGGCAGAAGAACCGGGAACGGCACACCGAGGGCAUCAAAGAGGUGGUCAAGCCGUUCGACUGGAGUUUCUCGACAGACUACAAGGGCACCAUUCGGAAGACGGACGCUCAGCAUCUCGAUCUGGACUUCAAGCCUACAAAUCAUGACCUGCCGAUGCAUCUACUUCGACUUCCAGAUCCGAUCCUGUUCUUCGACGAUGUGAUGCUAUACGAGGACGAACUUGCAGACAAUGGACUUUCAAUGGUGUCCGUCAAGAUUCGCGUCAUGCCCGAACGACUACUCCUCCUUUCCCGAUUCUUCAUGAGGCUCGACGACGUCGUCUUUCGCAUCCGAGACACGCGUGUUUUCGUCGAGUUCAAAACGGGCGAGGUGUUGCGGGAAUAUCAGGCCUGGGAAGGGAAAUUCGAAGAUGUCAAGAGCAGGCUCAUGAUGCAGCACGGCGGGAGAGAGGCCGAAGUUCUCCAGAUCAUGCGCGAUGCCAAUGGCCUGUUGCAAGCCGGCGGCCUCAAAAUCGUCGACGAAACCCGCGAACGACUAGAACUCCCCGUAGGAUGA